AUGACCGGCGGCUGGUCAACGGCUGUUUUCGGCGGCCAAUUGUGGGCCGCCCGGACGUCCGAUGAAGGCCGCUGCCUGGUGCGCUCCUUCGUAGCCCGGGGCCAAGGCGACGCUCACGAUGCUGUGCCGAGCACGGCAGAGCUCGUCGUGACUGCGCCCGGCCGCAGGCGCGAUUGCGAGCUGACAAGCGUGUCUCGCUGGUCGACCGGGCUCGAGACGCUCGUGCUCCGUGCCGGGAACGCGGUGCACAUUUGGGACGCGGAGAGCGGCACGUUCAACACUACUGCGGUCAAGCAGGUGGCAGCUGACGCUUCGCAAUGCACCGUGCUCGACGGUCCGACGUUGGUCUCGCUAUCGCCUGGCCGAUUACUGCUCGAGCCUCUGCCGCCAAUGGAUGGCCCUCCGGUGACAGUAACCUUGGAAAAACAGGAGUCGGUCCCAAGCCAUCUUGUCCGGCACCAGCUGCCAGGUAGCUAUCGCUGGAGAGGCCUGUGAGCCAUGCUGCGUUCUUCUCUGUGUCCUCGCACUAAAGGAAGGUGCGUGCUUUGUUGCGACUUCUGGUACUCGGACAA